UCCGCGUUGAGAAAAUGUCCAACCUGGCCAAAGUCCCCUUCUUGACAGGUGUCAGACGGUUGUUUUAUUUAGUGACAGUGAAUGAAACUUCCUUUAAAGAUGUCGAAGAAGUUCCACUUUACAUUAAUGAAGCAACCCCCUUCUUCUUUGUGUGCAUUUUUCUGGAGAUGGCAGUCAUGUGGUACAAAAAGGACAGGAAAGCCCGAUUCAAUGAUGGUGCUACCUCCAUAGGUGCUGGACAGUAUUCACGACUCCCAAUGUUUCUAUUGAAAUCCAUUAUGUACACUGGAUAUAUAUGGGUGUACGACAGAUACCAUAUUUACGAGUUGCCAUGGGACUCUGCGUGGACAUGGUGGAUAUGUUUUCUGGGGGUGGAUCUAGGAUAUUACUGGUUUCACAGAUUGGCACAUGAGGUGAAUUUUAUGUGGGCUGCCCAUCAAGUACAUCACAGUUCUGAGUACUACAAUUUCACGACAGCUCUACGACAAUCUGUGCUUCAGGUUUACACUUCAUGGGUUUUCUACCUUCCUCUUGCCUUAUUCAUGCCACCCUCUGUUUUCAUGGUUCACCAAGAGUUGAAUAUUUUGUAUCAAUUUUGGAUCCACACUCAGUACGUAAAAUCUCUGGGUCCUCUGGAAUACAUUCUGAACACACCCAGCCACCACAGAGUGCAUCAUGGGAGAAAUCCUUACUGUAUUGAUAAAAACUACGCUGGCACUCUCAUCAUCUGGGACAGGCUGUUUGGUACCUUUCAAGCUGAGGAGGAAGAAGUUGUGUAUGGUCUGACUCAUCCAUUAAACACAUUUGAUCCAAACGUCAUUCAGUUUGGGUAUCUGAAGUACAUGAUUGAGAGAUUCAGGGAGAUGGAUGGGUGGAGAAACAAACUGAAGGUGUUGUUCUGUGGACCAGGAUGGGGCCCUGGUAAACCUAGGACAGGGGAUAUAAAGGACAUCCCUGUGGUGAAGGCCCCCUGGCCCCAGUACGAUGUCAAACUCCCCGCCUGGGUCAGUGUAUAUACUGUGGUACACUUCACUCUCGAGCUUCUGUUCUAUCAAGAAGUGGCAGCCAGGAAGGAAGGAUUGUCACAGUUAUCUGUCUUGCUGUUUGUUCUCCAUAUUGGACUCUGUCUGACCUCCUUUGGGAAGAUUUUUGAUAACAAUCCCUCUGCUCCCCAGUAUGAAGUCCUAAGAUGUCUGCUGACGUUAAUCGGAGAAGUCUUGCUGUGUCACUAUGGUUUCUAUGGUGCCCCCGGUUACAGGCCUAGCUUCGUUGUAGCUCUACAAGGAGUGUUUUUAUUCUCUUUCUGCUUGUGGUCCUCGGUCUUAUACAGCAAAACCAUGAAAGCUCGGAAAGUGGAGUAGACUCAGCUCUUACUGAGUUUUGUAUGUGACAAUCACCCAAAUAUCUGUGAUAAUAUUUUAAAUCAGGGGUUAUUUGUAUACCCCGGUACAACUUGUUGACAUUCCAGUAAUAUUUUAUAUUAUGAUUUUAUGAUUUGUGAUUUAUACAGAUAUGAAUGCUCCUCAGUGUCAAGUUGAUAGUAAAAUGAUGUCAAACAGUUAUAAGACAAUCAAAUUGAUCUCGGUGGGAAAUAAACUGAGGAAAAUGUUAGAUUUUCUGUUAUAGAUGAUAUGUUUAUGGUGCUAUGAAUUGCCUGGUUUACUAAUUGAUGUUAAUCCAUUUUUGUAACAAAAUAAAAUUUAUACUGCAAUAUC